CUAAAAUUUGUAUGGUAGAAGUUCACAAAGGAGAUGAAAUUCUGCGUUUUCAUCGCUUUAAUAGUUUGCCUUUCGAACCGUUAUGGACUCGUUGCUAAAAACAUAAUAGCCUCGUAUGAGCCAAUACUGUAUCAUUACCUUAACGCUUCCUACGUAAUGAGAAUGUUUGUGGAGGACAUCCUCGACUGUAGCCUAGCUUGCCUUGAGAACAACCUCUGCGUUUCAUUCAACUUGGCGGUUAAUGCUGAUAGUGAAGGAGAACGCUGGUGUGAUCUUUUAUCGUCCCAUAUCUACAACAACGCUGAACAGCUCAUUGCAGAUCAGUACUCACAUCACCUCACGUUGAAGAAUCCUUGUACCAGAGAAGCCUGUUCCAGCCAUGGGAUAUGCUCACCGAUUUCUUUGAGAGAAAAAAUCCAUAAGUGCGUCUGUUACCCGGGCUACAGUGGCACUAAUUGUGAAAUUGACCCAGUGGGUUGCACCAAUUACACUGUGCGGAGUGAACCCGAUCGCCAUACAUCGAAUGGAAGAGGAGAGAGCUCGGACGAUUCUCUCGUACCUGGCUGGUAUAGAUUUCAGUCUGGUUCAUACACUAAAAUGCUGGACCACUGCGUCAGCGACCACAGAUGUCACACAGACAUAACAGGCUGGUUAAACGGGACUCAUCCAUCCCUCGAGGAUGGCGUUGUUAAUAGGCAGGCGUGCUUUCACGGUUAUUAUAAUUGUUGUUACGGACGAGUUCAAAUUCAAGUGAGAAGCUGUGAAGGGUUUUAUGUUUACUACCUUAAUCCAUCACCAGCAGGAAAGUUUCGCUAUUGUGCAGUUGCCUAGGGAGGACCUUAAGCCACAGAACAGUAGCAUGUGAGCGGCACUAUUGUCUUCAAGUACAAUACGCUAUUAGGCCUAACUGCUUAGUAGCUAUUAAUAUGUUUGAAGUCAUAGCAAGGACAAAAUUACCCUCGAUAUGGUAGCGGGAAGCCAAGAUGGCUUAAAGGCGUUGUAAAUUUUAGACGUCCCAACCUGACACAAAGAAGAGUGUUCUGUUCUCCCAAUUUUCCUAGAAUCAAUUAUCUGAGGUGUACUUUACCGAUCACGUGAUGUCACAAAGAUCGUAACGGAAAUAUAAGAGGAACUGUGAAUUCUUAACAGGAUAGCAAGCGGCUACCAUGUAUGAAAUAGCAUCGCCUAAGGCCAGUAAAAAAGCUGUCAUUUUUUUUUAACCAUAAAGGCCAACCUUGUUUAGCAUAUGUAGCGUAGUUUUACAAAUGUAAUCAAAAUGCAAUCAUCGCCGAAGCGAUGUAUUAUUGAUAAUAAAAAAUCCUUUUUGA